AUGUCGGAAGAUACACGCGUCAAAAUACAGGUUUUCCGGCCAACUUGGGAAGAGUUUAAGAAAUUUCCUAAAUACAUAGAAUACAUAGAGUCCCAAGGUGCUCACAAAGCCGGUCUAGCGAAGAUUAUUCCUCCGCCAGAAUGGAUACCCCGUAAAAUUGGAUACAAUCUGGAUAGCUUAGACCUUACUAUUCCGGCACCUAUUUGCCAGGUAGUGGCCGGAAAGCAAGGGCUUUAUCAACAAAUCAACAUCCAAAAGAAUCCAUUGACCGUGAAGCAGUUUGCUGAAUUGGCUAAUACAGAACGCUAUGCUACACCAAAACACUUCGACUUUGAAGAUUUAGAGCGAAAGUAUUGGAAAAACAUAACAUACGUUGCUCCCAUUUAUGGGGCUGAUGUGUGCGGAAGCAUUACCGAUAAAGACUGCAAUAUCUGGAACAUUAACCAUCUCGGUACGAUAUUGGACUACGUGGAUGAGGAUUACGGAAUAUCGAUCGAUGGUGUGAAUACGGCUUACCUAUACUUUGGGAUGUGGAAAACAACAUUCGCCUGGCACACCGAGGAUAUGGACUUGUACUCGAUCAACUAUCUGCACUUUGGUGCUCCAAAAACAUGGUACGCAGUGCCACCGGAGCAUGGCCGCAAGUUGGAAAAGCUGGCUAAAAACAGUUUUCCAGCCAGCCACAACACUUGUUCCGCCUUCCUGCGCCACAAGAUGACGCUCAUUAGUCCGCAAAUACUCAAGCAACAUAACAUUCCAUUCGAUAAGAUAACGCAGGAGGAGAAUGAAAUAAUGAUUACCUUUCCGUUCGGCUACCAUGCCGGGUUUAAUCACGGGUUUAACUGUGCCGAAUCGACCAAUUUUGCCAUGCCGCGGUGGAUCGAAUAUGGUAAGCGUGCGGCCCAGUGCUACUGCAGCUCGGAUAUGGUAAAGAUCCUGAUGGACACGUUUGUGAAACGGUUCCAACCGGAACGGUACGAAGCGUGGAUGGAUGGGACCGAUUUUGGUCCGCACCCGGAAGAUCCGACCUGUAUCGUCGGUCCCCCGCCACGCAUAACCGAAGCAGGUGACGAAAAGGAUGAAGGCAUUGAAGCGGGUGAGCCAAUGCCGAUGAAAAAGGGUUGCAAUCCCACCGUCAGCAUACGGAAGAUUUCGUUCAAGGAGAAAAACCCCGACCUAGAUUUAACGGACAUCCAACAGAAUCCGCACUUGCCGGAUGAUGUCAAACAGGCGCUUAGUGGCAUAACGGAGGAAGAGGAAGAGUGUGAUGCAGCGGCACAACCGGAAAAGUCAUCGAAAAGCUUCAAACCAUCGUCUUACGAUCCGUUCGACGAUGAGGAGGACGACGAAGCCGUAACGAAUCGGAAAAAAUCGGGGAAAAAAAGGAAAAAAGUGGACAGUGACUAUGAUGACGACUGGUACUCGAGUACCCAUGGUCGUGCACGGGGUCGCAAAAGUAUAACACCCCGAAAGCGAGAGGAUACGAGUGAAGAAUCGAACCGGGCCACCAAUAGGAGGGCACAGUUGGAAGCGAAAAAGAAGGAAAAAGAAAUUAAAAAAGAACAGAGGCAGAAGCAGGUGGCAGAGAAAAAAGCAGCCGCAGCUAAUGAGCGCAAGCAAAGGCAAAUGGAGAACGAACGGCUUAAAAGGCUGCUAAUCGAACGGAAGCUUCAGGCUGAGUUUGAACGUGGCUUGCCAAGGAAUCAAAAACCCCAUCCCAUUACACCAUCCGACCCGUUGCGCAUUGAGAGUAAAACGACCGGAGGGUUUGCGGGUGGAAGAAUUUGCAUCCUAAAAGCACCGACCUAUCGGCGGCCCGUAUCUGUGGACGAGGUAGAUCCGCUAAGUGUGCGAGCGCGUCAUUCGAUGCCAUCGGUCAAAGGAUCUAUUAAAGCAAUCACAAAAACGAACGUGCGCAAGUCACUUCCCGAUCCAGUGAGUAAAUCAUGUCCCAAUCACUUGAGCAAAUCAUUUCCCGAUCUCGUGCUAACGGACAUAAUGAAACCGUUUCCCGGAGAGAUUGUACAGCGGGCGAGUCCUGUGCGUGAUUGUACGACCGCAAUCAAUCAUAAGGCAGAACUUCCCCACACCUGUUCAAUAACUCGAGUAGCGAAAUCGCGUCCGAGAAAACCGGUGUCGAACUCUAGUCUAUUGCGGAAAAAUAACAAACCGAAUAAUGAUGCUAAUUUAACGAAGCCGGAUGGCACGUGUGGUACAGCCUUAUCGGCAGGCACCAGUAGUGUAAGUAAAACGAUUCCUGAUCCUGGUAAGAAAAAAUCAGCUGAAAGCCCCAAGCCUACCCAGCCAGCUCCAGUAAACGUUAAGCCGGUGAUGUACGCAACUCCGACCAAAAAACCAUCGCCCGACUUGUUCGACAAUAGUAAAGAUUUCUUAACAGUAUUUAACCAAUUUGUGACGUCCGACAAGAAGGUGUGCCCGAUGCUGGUCAGCAGCACCUCACAUAUAGUACGACCGACGACGAGUACGGUACAGCCCAAAAAUUCACCAACGGGCUUAUGUACCCAAACACAAAAUAUCGCCGAGGAUUUAACAGUUUCUAAAAAUAAUCUACCCAACCAUACGGUUGGGAAUGUCACAAACCAACAAGCGAUAGCGCCUGAUUUAGCCGACUCGGUGCGGCCGAACGGUGACCAAUCUUUGUCACCGUUGCCCAAGAGCGUAACACCAUCCGGUGACAGUAGUAGCAAAUCCAAUGCUGGGAACGAAUCGGCCGUUCUGUUCAUCACCAAUAAUCACAUCAACAUGGAACGUACUAUACUGAAAGUACCAACACCAACAGUGAAACCGUGCACACAACCAGUGUCCGUUACGGAACACCCCAGUUUGGAUGGGAAUGCACAAUCCCAAAAUAUAGUAUUGAUAUUUAGCGAAUCCGGAGCAGCAAAACUCCAUCCACUCAUGCCAUACAACAAUGCACCGUUAGCGGAUGGUUUGCUGUCGGCUAUCAAUAGUUCCUCGGUGGCACAGUCGCCCAGCUUCAUUGCGAAGGAACCUUUAAUGCAGCGGAACAGUUCAUGCAGUUAG